AUGUCCCACGGCUUUCAAGCCUACCUCAACCAAGUCGGCACAAACAACUUCCGGGGCCUGGGAGAAUUUGGCACUACACUCGUUCGACAGUGGGAAGUACUGGAAGGCUUUAGAAACAGGGAUGAUCCGCUUAAGUGCUCUGAUGAAACUCCUGUUAAAUCUAGUCUGAUCAGUCUACUCCAGGCGCUUUCCUUGUUACCUACCACGACUGCCUCCGAGUGGCGUAGCACCAGACUCCGUUUGAGGGGAACAUUCGGUAGUCAUAAUCUUCGUUCAGGCGAGUCUCCUCCCCAAUUUGUUGCAAUCACAGAUGGACAAUUGCAAGAUAAGCAGACAGGUAAAAUCAAGUCUGUGACUAAAUGCAAGAGAUACCUUCGCGACAUGAUGGACAAGGCAGUCGAUAUGGAGGAGGCUGCUGAGGUUGUAGCUUGGGUCAGCCAGUAUCCUGAUACUGAUAGAAGUAUCAAUACACACCAUCGGGUUCUUGUUUCAAAGGAUGGAUGCGAAAUAUGGAUAACCUUUGCAGGAUAUGACAAUUCUUGGGCAGACUACCUAGAUGGCCGUGGUGGAAGUGGAACGAGGCAACCCAGCCUGAUGACGAUGCAAAGAUACGGUCCCUACGAUAUAGGGAAUAGACGCCAAGUAUUGCAGGUGUCUACAAUCCUGCUUGCUAUUUCACUUUAG